AUGGCGAUCCUCGGCAUGACCCUGGGCUACAUUGCCUUCAGCAUCCUGCACUUCUUCCAGUUCGUGCUCGGCGUCACCGUGUGCGGCCUCUAUGGCGUCGACCUCCAGCGCGCCCGUAAUGCGGGCAAGUACGUCGACGGCAAAUGGGUCUACGCAGAAGUCGUCGGCGCCCUGUCCGCGGUCACCGCGAUCCUGUACAUGAUCCCCUUCAUCAUCCGCUUCGCCGCCGUCACCGCCUGGUCCGCCAUCAUCUUCAUCCUGUGGAUCGCGCUCUUUGGCAUCUUCGGCGCCAUGUACAUCCACGAGGACGCCGAGGGCAACGGCGACAUCAUCCGCAUGAAGAACGCCGUCUGGGUCAACCUCGCCGCCGCGCUGCUGUGGCUGAUUGGCACCAUCGGCACCGGCGCCUACUGGUGGACGCACCGCGAGCGCAACACCCGCUUCACCGGCCGCGCCAGGCUCGGGCGCAACGCCUCCACCCGCUCGUCUGCGCUCAAGGCAUAG